AUGACCGAACUCGAUAACACCGCUACCAGUUUAGUUGGAAUGUCGACCGACUGGCAUUUACGUAUGAAUAAUAUGAACAAUCGAAAUUAUUCUUAUCCACCACAGCAUACCCAUCACCAUCAUCAAUCUCAACAACAAGCUCCUCCGAUGCAUCAUCAACAACAAACAUCUCCACAACAUUAUCAACGGCAACUACCUCCUAUUGGAAAUCAUGUUUCGGGACCUGGAAAUAAUUUGAUGAGCUCUCAUAACUCUAUCACUUAUAACGGUAGUCAAUAUUCUCAAACUUCUAUAAAGAAUGAAUCAACUUCAAACCAGGUCAAUAACUCGUCUCCAAGCGUAACAUCGGGAGUUGCAACAUCUAUUGAUGCUUUUGCUAAUACGAGGAAAUCUUCGGCUACAACUACUCCGAUCACGUCACCAACAAAAAAUCCUCAAGAUCUCGUGAUCGAAACACAUGUAUCCGGGAAGCCCCCGUAUUCUUAUGCUACCUUAAUCACCUAUGCGAUUACAAAUUCUCCCAACAAGCAACUCACAUUAAAUGAAAUUUAUAACUGGGUUAUGGAAAAUUAUCCUUAUUAUAAGACCGCAGGUACUGGUUGGAAGACUUUUGUCCGUGUUCCACGUCCAAUUAAUGAACCAGGUAAAGGAUCAUACUGGACUGUAGAUUUUCGAGCCGCUGAAGCUGAACAACAGCAUCGUUCUCGAAGUCGAAAUAAUAGAUCUUCAAGUGACCCAACUCCUUAUCAUCGUCCUGAAUCAUCAUGGCCAUAUGACAAUCGUAGAUACCGAGAACCAAUGACCGCAGUGACUGAAAUGAGUCGUUCUUACUUUGAUGUAGGCCAAUAUAGUGGUAUGCCUAGUAUGCCAUACCGACCAAUGCGUUCACCUCGCUACACUCAUGCAACCAUGGGACAACCUUACCUUCCAGCACAAGGUCUUGGAGGAGGUGCCGGUAUCACUAAUACACAACAACAAACAAUGUCUUAUGCCGGUGCUGGCAUCGGUAAUCUUGCUGUAGCAAACUAUGACAUUACUGAUUAUACGAACAUUCAUGGUCAUCCUACUGCUACUGCUCAUGUGGACGGACAUAACACUACCGCUUUUAGUGGGUACGGUACACAUCAAAUUUACCAACCCCAAAUGUCAACACAUCCAACAGAUACCAAUACAGCGGUGGCUCAUUCUUCUUUUGUUUAA